UCUGCAAACAUAUUCUCUCUCUCUCUCUUUCUCUCUCCACUCUCUCUCUCUCUCUCAUGGAAAGAGCCUUUCUUCUGAGAGUUCAAUUCAUUUAACCCAUCAACUACUGCAUCCACCCACUCAAAACACCCACAUUUACAUGCACUUUUUUUUAUUCGGAUUUCGAUUUGUGUGUGUGUGUGUGAAAUUCAUUAUUCCGAUGCAACUUCGCCGGCGAUCACGCGUCAUAUAGGGGUUUUUUACUCUCCUUUUUCGAUUUGUGAAUCCGGUGGAAUUAGCCGGUGACGGUUUUAUCUGAAAUCCAUCGGUGCCGUUUUGAAGAGCGUUGGUUGGUUUUACUGCUAUGGCGUCCCCCUUUCCUGCGAAAUCUCAGACGCUGCACAAUUUUACCCUGCAGCAUCUCCGAUGGAACAAGGACGGUCAAUCCAGCGGCGGCCAUCCCCACCGCCGCCGCCGCUCCGUCAAAUCUCCGUCGAGGAGACCUAGCCCUUCCUCCGCUUCUCCUGUCCGCCAGUCUCCGUUCCGGGACUCCGUCUCGUCGACCCCGCCUCGGUAUCAGUCUCCGCUGCGAGAUUCGGCUGCUGCGGCGGCGUCGCCGCCGCCGCCGCGGAAGUAUUCGGAUCAGUUGAGAAAGAAGUCUCCGACCGGCGGAGAAUCAUCCAAAUCGUAUCAAGUCGGAGGGUUUGUGAAACCCUCACCAAUUGGUGCUGGCGGUAAUCGUGUACGGCACUUCCCCAGCCCUGAUUUGGCUCCGCCGCCGGAGCCUUCAGGCAAGGGUAAAGCUUCCACAAUUGAGCACCGAAGAAAUCAUCAUCCGAAGAAUUCGCCCUUCGAUAAUCCAAAGAAUGGGGUUUAUUCGACACAUUCCGAUCGACCUUCUCACAAAUUCGAGACGAAACCCAGGGUGAAAGAAGCCGAUGCAUCUGGAAUUAAGAAAUCGAAAAUCCUAAUCAAAAUCCCCCCUCGCAAGAACAGCAACAACAAAACAAUCGAAGAUCCUCAAUCAGAGCCACCAAAACCCCCCGACAGUAACACCGAAAAAAUCGACGAAGCCGAACAGAUGCGAGAAGAGGGGAAGAUCAACAAUGCUACUGAUGAAGAAAUCAAGACAUGGAAUUUGAGGCCGCGAAAACCUAUUCGGAAAUCCUCGAAUGUGAAUGGAGGUACCUCGGUGAAAAACAACGGCGCCCGCGCCGAUAUUCCCAUGCCGGAAAAAAUCAAAGCCGAGUCACCUUUACAGAAUCCGAACAGCAGAUCGAUGGAAAAUAAAUUGAAUCCCGGUGAGAAAAAGGAGAAGCGGAAACUGAGUGUUUUUGUAUCUCUAUCCAAAGACGAAAUCGAGGAGGAUAUAUUCUCUCUCACUGGAUCAAAGCCUGCACGAAGGCCAAAGAAGAGAGCAAAGAAUGUACAGAAACAAGUAGAUUCUAUUUGUCCCGGAUCUUGGCUGGUGUCGAUAACCGCAGAUUCGUACAAGGUAUCCGAAAAUUCAAUGAAGGGUUAGAUACAAUUAACUGGAGAAUACGAUGCUGCUGCCAUUUUCGUCUGAAUUUUGGUGAUGCCGUUCGAAGGUACAAUCUGCAGAGUUUGUAUUUGAAAGGAACGAAUAAAUGUCGAUUAGGAAUUUAUAAUUUUCUUUUCUAGAUGCUCUUAAAAAAAAUCAAGAGCUGGAUGAUAGAUAGCUCUUCUUGUUUAUCAGUAGUGGCAGUUGUAAAUAUGAAUCUUCUCAAUCUUAAUCUUAAUCUCAAAGAUUUUUCAUUUUUUCAUUA